CUAAAAGUGUUGGCUGCUACCGGUAGUCUGUACUUUGAUACAUUAGAUGAUAGUUUGUAUAAAAGAGACAGAACGAACUCAAACUAAAUAUUUUUUUCAGGUGUAUAACCGAUAUAAAAUAACGCAAGAAAGGACAAUUAUUUAUUAGCAUGUUAUAUUCUUAUUUUUUGAUCGUGUUCAUAUUUAUUUGAUUUUGAAUACUCUAAUGUCGCACGUUAAAUGAGGCAACACACAUAUUUAAAUGUCACAAUAUUAAUAGUAGUUGCAGUUGUAUCGCCAUGAACUCAUAUAGGGCGAAACGUUAAUACAAAUAGCCUCUACGCCAUUUGUAAACAUUUUCGGAGCCUUCUUCUUGGGAAACAGCGACACUCUAUGAAAAUAUGCGGUAUUGCAAGUAUUUUUUUUACAUACGGAAGGAAGCACUGUGACGUCACCGCAUGUGCUUGUAUUGAGUCAGUUCACUACGUGAGAGUUUGCAUGCUCGCUCUCUGGAAGGAACAAGAACGUCGAGGGUGGCACGUUGGGUGUUGUUGUGAGUUGAUCUACUUCUUCAACUGGACUCUAGUUGGUCGAUGAGGACUUUCGUGUCGCAGCCCCGAUGGCCCACAGCUGACUUUUUAACGCUCUGAACACUGCCUGAAGUGUGCGAGGAAUCCAUGACAAGGAGUGCACAAAACAAACCGGAGUCUUGAAGAAACAUGAUUUCCUGCAAAAUUCAACCAGGAGCCUGCAGAACUUGGCUGACUCGUGUAACGUCCAGGCAGGAGCGGAGUGUGUCCAACUUUGUGGGCCCACAGCCGGUGCCCCCUCUAAGUCAGACCCUGCAGGGCUACCUGAGAGGCCUGGAGCCCCUUUUGCCCCCCGAGGAGCUCAACCACACCCGCAGGAUGGUGCAGGACUUUUGCCGCCCAGGUGGUCUGGGUGCACAGCUCCAGAGGGGCCUGGAGAGGAGAGCCCGGCACACCAAAAGUUGGAUCUCAGACUGGUGGGUCCAGUGGGCUUACUUGGAGAGCCGGCUGCCUCUACCUGUGCACUCCAACCCGGCCAUCUCCCUCCCCAGGAGGGACUAUAAUGGUUGGAGGAGCCAAUUGUUGUUUGCAUCCAAACUGAUUGCAGCGGUACUUGACUUUAAGGCCAAAAUGGACAAUGGACAGCUGCCAGUGGAGUACAUGCGAGGCAUGCCUCUCUGCAUGGACCUCUACCCCCUGCUCUUCUCCUCAUGUCGCAUCCCGGGGCCCAAGCACGACUACAUCGCCCACCAUGGGACCCCCCGCCGGUCACCAACACACAUCACCGUUGUCCGGAACUAUCAGUUCUUCCAACUGGAGGUGUACAAUAGCGACGGUUCCCGUCUGACCGAGAGUCAAAUCCACGGUCAGCUGUUGAGGAUCAGGUCUCAGUCCUGGAAGACAGACAAGGAGCCGAUGGGCAUCCUGACCAGCGAGCACCGCCACACAUGGGGACAGGCCUACAACCGCCUGCUGGGAGAUAAACUCAACCAGGAAUCGGUGUGGGCAAUAGAGAAGGGACUCUUUUCUCUCUGUCUGGAUUCCCCUGUCAUGAGGAUAUCAGAUGAGAAGUACGCCAGUCGUAAAGCAGCUCAGGUUCUGCAUGGAGGCGGGACCUUCUCCAACAGUGGCAACCGCUGGUUUGACAAAACUCUACAGUUUGUGGUGGGCGAGGACGGCUCCUGGGGUCUUCUGUAUGAGCAAGCCACAGCUGAAGGUCCGCCCAUAGCAACCCUACUGGAUUAUAUCCUGCACUACUGUGAGAAUCCCGAUCCAAAAAGAUCGCCGCUCGUCCCCCUUCCAAUGCCCAAGAAGCUUUACUUCCGCAUCGAUCGAGCAAUCAAGAGAGACAUUGAACACGCCAAGCAGAACCUUGAUAUACUGAUUAAUGACCUGGAUGUCAACGUGUUUAACUUCAAGAGGUUUGGCAAAGAUCUUCCCAAGCAGCAAAACCUGAGUCCAAACUCCUUCAUCCAGGUGGCCCUGCAGUUAGCCUACUACAGAGUUCACCACGAGGUGUGUCCCACGUGCGACAUUGCCUCUCAGAGGAUGUUUCGAAAAGGAAGGACCGAGUACAUCCGCUCGCCCACCAGCCAGACUCUUCGAUUCAUCCUCGCCUUCGUCGAUCCGUCUGCGUCGCGCGAAGCCAAAGUCCAGCUGUUCAGAGAAGCCGUUGAAGCCUACUCAGCUUUGACUUCUCAGGUUCUUAAAGGACAUGGCAUAGACCGACACCUUCUGGGCCUGAAGCUGCAGGCCAUCGAAGAGGGAUGGAGCGUCCCCAAGAUCUUCAUGGAUACUGCCUAUGGUCUGGCAACACACUGGAAACUCCGAACUGGCCAGGUGCCUGCGAGUACAGACAGUGUGAUGUGUUUUGGACCCCUAGUUCCUGACGGUUACGCCGUAUGUUACAACCCACAGUCAGACCACGUCCACUUUUCCAUAACCGCCUUCAACUGCUGCGAGGAGACGAAUGCGGAAAAAUUGGGUGUGGCCCUGAAGGACACCCUGUGCCAACUACAGGAGUUGCUGCACCCUACUGUGUAGAGCGAAAUACAUUGACUGCUCAAAGAUUGAAAACAUUUUUUUUUCGAGAUCACUUGAAAUUGCUUAUGGAGAAUUUUUUUUUAUUUUUUAUGCAUGCCACUCAUUUACAAGCAAUAUUUACAUUCUUAGUACAAAACUACAAGACAAAACAACAAAAAUCAAAGCCACCUGACACUCCAGUAUUAAUCACAGCCAAAGCUUUUGUAUAUAUGUUGCCAUAUUACCACCAUUUAUCAAGAAAUAUGAUGCCGGGAGAAAGAAAUCAUUUGUAGGUUAAUCAGUUUGUCUUUGUAAAGGACCAAAAGAUGGGAGAAAUAAUGUUGACGGUCAUAGAUGUGUUUGGUGCUUAAGUAGAUGUGGUGAUACAUUUGUGCUCAACUUAAUAAAGUUCAUGAACUGCA